AUGGGGUUAUCCGCUAGUCCAACUUCUGCCGCCAUAUUCUACUUUCUGGCUGCAAUUGCCGUCGUCUCAUGCUCCGAUCACGUUGCAGCACCCGCCGGAAGUGGAGUACUGAUAAAUGUCACCCCCUCUUUGCUUGUGGGGCCUGGUCCAUCUAGAGAUGUGCGGUGUGCUCGUGUCGCGGUCUCUGGUCUAUCAAGACUUCACCUUGGGAGCUAUUCUAGUGCCCACCGGAUAACCUUAGCCCCUUCAGAUGAUAUUCAGGAGAAAUCAUACAGGAAAAUUCAUAUUUGUUUGCACAGAAAUUCUUCUGUUGGAUUGUGUCAAUGUCAAAUUGAUGACUGGGAAAGCAUCCAGAGUGGAGCGUGGAGCUCUAUAGUUUCCCCUUAUGAAGACAAAUACAUUGAUGUGAAGUUUAUCGAAAACUUGUCUGGUUCAGUAACCGUUGAUGUUAAAUUAGAGUUUCACAAAUGGCGGUUACUUUGUUUGGCUAUUGGGUUGGUAUUAUUGCUUUUGGCUCCAAUUGUUAGUAGCUGGGUUCCUUUUUACUACAGCAGUUCAAUGGCAAUAGGAGUUUGUCUCGUCGUGAUAAUCAUUCUAUUCCAGGGAAUGAAACUGCUGCCAACUGGCAGAAAAAGUGCUCUUUACAGCACGCUGUGUGGUUUAGCGCUUGGAGCUGGAUCAUUUUUGCUAAACCGGUUCUCAAUGUUUGUCAAUUCAAUUCUUGUCAAUCUUGGGAUCAGUGAGGAGAUGCACAAUCCAGUGCUUGUGUUCUUGGUAGUUGGAAUUGUACUUGCUGGGGCUGCUUUUGGGUAUUGGCUUGUUCGGAAGUUUGUUGUUGCUGAAGAUGGAAGUGUAGAUGUUGGUGUAGCCCAAUUUGUGAAAUGGGCUUUACGUGUAAUUGCUGUGACUUUUCUCUUUCAGAGUACACUUGAUACACCUUUGGCAGCGAUAAUGCUUGUUUCUCUCUUGGCGAUUUACUUUCUCCUCACUUCUUUCAAGUGGCACAAAAUCUGGGAAUUUACAUAUUCUGGACGUGAAAGUACUCCAAAGUGGAGCAGCGUGAGGGAAUAUAAGAAUAAACGUGCUGAAUUCUUGAGCAGGUCUGGAAGUCCAACUUCUAGACGGAGUUUGUGGAAAAGCCCUAAAAGUUCACCUGCUUGGUCAAACUCGCCUGUGAAAGGUGUCGUGACACCAUCGAGUCAGAGGCAUAAGAUGAAUUACGGUUCGACACCAUCCACGGCGAGCGGCAGCACAAAGGGAGGCGAGUACUACUCGACCUUCCACACAACUCCCAACCGAAAGAAAUUCUCAAAAGAAGAAUGGAAGGAGUUCACGGAAGAGUCAACCCGGAAGGCCCUGGCCGAGUGGGCCUCGUCCCCUGAGUUCACCGACUGGAUCGUCAACCACGCCGACAGGAUACAGCUCAAGCCCGACCGCAGUUCAGAUGAUGAGUCGAUUGAAAGUGGUUCAGAUUCGACUGACGAGAAUGCUGCACAGAGUAGCAGCGGGAGAGGUUUAUUAUGGCGUCGCCGUCAUUAG